AUGCUUGCAGACUUUAUUAAUCUUGACGUCGAAGCCAGUACUAAGAAAAUCACAGCUGAGUACAUAUGGAUCGGGGGUUCUGGCAUGGAUUUGAAGAGCAAAGCAAGAGUCAUGUGCGAUGCUUACGCUUUCGGGAAGUCUGGUCCGACAAACAGAAGGGCUGCUUACCUGAUAUUACAACAUCCUGAAGUUCGUGCUGAAGAGCCCAGGUUUGGUAUUGCGCAACAAUAUACCUUGCUGCAGAAAGAUGCUGCAUGGCCUAUUGGGUUGCCUGUUGGUGGUCAUCCUAGUCCUCAGGGACUACACCACUGUGGUGUUGCUGCUGAUAAGGCCUUUGGAAGAGAAAUUGCUGAAUCACAUUACAAGGCCUGCUUAUAUGCAGGCAUCAAGAUUAGUAGUUUUAACGGAGGACCUAUGCCAGGCCAGUGGGAAUUUCAACUUGAACCUACCGUCGGUAUCUCAGCUGGAGAUCAAUCAUGGGUUGCUCGCUACAUACUGGAGGCCAAUUGGGGAGAAACUGUCCGCGAGAAAGCGAUUAAGAAGCUUGGUCUGAGGCACAAAGAGCACAUUGCAGCUUAUGGAGAAGGCAAUGUGAAUAGACUGACUGGAAGACUCGAAAUAGCUAACAUGGACACUUUCCUGGGGGAUCCUGUGAACAGUCGUGCUCUUAUUCGUGUUGGAAGGGGUGGAAGGUUUGAGGACAGGAGGCCUGCUUCCAAUAUGGAUCCAUGUGUUGUGACUUCCAUGAUUGCCGAAACCACCAUCCUUUGGAAACCAUAA